GUGGCUGACACUUUAAAUCAGUUGAAACCACAACAAGAAGUAGCGUUUAACUGCUUGAAUAACGCAAAUAAUUUAAGGAAUUCAAAAUUUGAAAUGAAAUCAUUUUAAUAUGCUUUUUUUGGAAAUAUAAAAUUUCCUGUUCAACUUUUUUUAUAAUAAUAAAUUAAUAUUUAAUUUUUCCACGUACGAUUGUGCCUUUUUUUCACUGUCCGGUGAAAUGUAUUUUACACUCUCCAGAGCAAAAGCUGAGUUUAUUUCUCAAAGUCCUGGGAGAAACGAGUGCGCAUGGGCCGCUAAGCGAAUGGAGAGGUAUACGGGGCAGCGUAUGAAGCUGGGUCGGCUUUAGUUCUCUGUUUUACGGCCGCACCUGACGGGCCACGGCUGAGCCAUGGCCUCACAGGCGGCCACGGAAACCACCCCGCUAAAAUCAAACACCGUCGGACAGGCCACUUUCAUCCAGCAGCAAAGUCCAGUAGCCUCGGAGGGGUCAGUGAGCGACACAAAGCAGCUGAUCGAACAGGAGAAUGGUGCCGUUUUCAAGAGUGGGCUCGCGUCCGCCAGCUUCAACUACAUCAACUCCAUCAUCGGCAGUGGAGUGAUCGGCAUGGCUUACGCCUUGAAAGAGGCAGGAUUUGGUCUGGGACUGAUUUUAUUAGUGGUUGUGGCUGUCGUUACCGACUAUUCACUCAUACUGAUGGUGCGCAGUGGGCACCUCAGCGGCGCCUUUUCCUACCAGGGCAUCAUGCAGGCGGCUUUCGGCCGUCCAGGCUUCAUCCUGCUCUCGUUCCUCCAAUUUUUCUACCCUUUUAUUGCUAUGGUGAGCUACAACAUCGUGGUGGGCGACACGGUGACCAAAGUGCUGAUCCGGAUGACGGGAAUGUCACACGACUCGGCCCUGGCGCACCGCGAGUUGGUGACGCUGCUGGCGACGCUUCUGGUGACGCUGCCGCUGUGUCUGCAGCGCGACGUGGCGCGUCUGGCGCGGGUUUCUUUCAUGUCGCUCGUGUUUGUGGCGCUGAUCCUGGCGGCGAUCAUCGCCAGGGCGCCGUACAUGGAGCCGUUGGUGCCGCCAGUGGUGGAUGGCUGGCGUUUUGCAAAGGGCGACCUCGUGCCGGCCGUCGGCAUCAUGGCCUUCGCCUUCAUGUGCCACCACAACACCUUCCUCAUCUACCACUCGAUGGAGGGCGCCAGUCAGAAGCGCUGGGACACCGUCACGCACAUCUCGGUUGGGGUCUCCGCCCUUGUCUCCUUCGCCUUCGGAGCCAUCGGCUAUGCAACUUUUACCGACUGGGCUCAAGGCGAUCUUUUGGAAAAUUAUUGCUGGAGCGACGAUCUGAUGAAUGGUGCUAGGGUUAUGUUCAGCGCCACCAUUCUCCUCACCUACCCCUUUGAGUGUUUCGUCGCUCGGGAGGUGCUCAAAAACACCAUCCUCUGUGGUCGACCUGACACAACUUUCAUGCACGUUGGAAUCUCUCUGGUCUUGGUUAUUGUCACUCUGCUCCUCUCGAUGAUAACUGACUGUCUCGGAAUCGUUUUAGAACUUAAUGGAAUUUUGGCGGCUGUGCCAUUGGCGUAUCUUCUGCCUGCCCUUUGUUAUUGCAAGCUCGAAGUAGGACCCCUUUUCUCGAGGAGGAAACUGCCAGCCCUUCUGACCGCACUUUUUGGAGCAGGGGUGGCCAUCAUGGGCACCGUAUUGCUGAUUCUCAAUUUUGAAACGGCCAGUGAAUGCAGCCACGGAGUGUCCAUGUCCUACUGCCGCAUCCUGGACAACGUCACCACUCUGGAAGUUCGUCCUUAAUGUAGAAGCACACCACAGAAAAUAAUUCUUCUAAAUCUCUCUGUUGCCAAAUAUAUAAUAUAAUUAUAAAAGUGUUAUUCAAACACAAAAUGUAAUCUCAAUUUUCACUGUGUUCGAAAAGUAUUGUAUUUUGUUGAACAAGAUUGCAAUAUUUUGUCAAGCAUUCUUUUAAUGCAGAGACCAAUGGUUUUGUCUCUUUAUUUUUUUACCGAUCUUAAUUUUUUGUGAUAAAAAUAUAUUUAAUCUUGAAUUUGGUUAGCAAAUUAAAAUUUAAUUUGCUUGCUAUUUUGAAUUUCAAUUAAAUGAUUUCUGUCUACUUG